AUGGCGGCCGCUGCCUCCUCCCGCCCUGGCGGCCCGGGCCGCGGCUGCCUUUCGCCCGUCACAGGCGCUGCCGUAGGCCGGGGACGGACGGACCGUGGAGGUCACGGGGUGAAGAGCUGCUGGCGUGGCUCAGACUUACCUGUGCCUAAGGUGCAGGAAUCACUCCAAAUUUGGCAACCUAGUAAUCACAGUGACUUCAGCUGCCCCAUCUGUCUCCAGACAGCUACUCUCCCGGUAGAAACCAACUGUGGACAUUUAUUCUGUGGUUCCUGUCUGAUCACAUAUUGGAAACAUAGUCCCUGGUUAGCAGCAAUAACCUGCCCUCUCUGCAGACAAAAGGUGGUUCUUCUGGAUAACAUCUCUUGUGAAAAGCAACAAGAUAAGCCAAGCACAAUUGUACACGACAUUAGAGAUUACAACAAGCGUUUCUCAGGGCAACCUCGACCCUUUGCAGAUUACCUUUCUGACACGCUGUUUUUCCUGACUCUUGCCUUGCGAGGCAUCUUCACCUGGGGUGGUCUCGUAUGGAUUUUUUUCCUAAGAGUUGCUGUUUGCUCCUUUGGAACUAUCAUAUGCUUGUCUUCUCCAUUUGACAUGAAGCCUGGGCCUCUCUGUAGGACUCUUGGAACAGCCGAUGACAUGGUGGUUGUUUCCCUUCUUUUAAUUUGCAUGAUAAACAUUUGUCAGCAAAUUGCAUCUAAUGGGGUAAAUAUGGCAAGGUCUGCAGCUCAGAGCAUGCUGUCAGAGUCCUGA